ACGACGUGACCUGGAAGUGCAUCAUCUGGCCGGGCUACCACUGAAGGAGCCCUUUUGCUACCUUAUCGGAGCAGUUACGUUUGGCGGUGGAUUGAGGUUCACGAAACUGCUUAAAAAUGAGCGUCCCGGCAUUCAUCGACAUAACCGAGGAGGACCAGGCCUCAGAGCUCAGAGCAUACCUCAAAUCAAAAGGGGCUGAAAUUUCGGAAGAGAACUCAGAAGGUGGACUUCAUGUGGAUUUGGCUCAGAUCAUCGAGGCCUGUGAUGUUUGCCUCAAAGAUGAUGACAAAGAUGUGGAGAGUGUAAUGAACAGCAUUGUGUCUCUGUUGCUGAUCCUGGAACCAGACAAGCAGGAGGCGCUGAUUGAGAGCUUGUGUGAGAAGCUGGUUAAGUUCAGAGAGGGGGAGCGGCCCUCACUGAGGAUGCAGUUGUUGAGCAACCUCUUCUAUGGCAUGGAUGAGAACACCCCUGUGCGCUACACAGUGUACUGCGGCUUGAUCAAGGUGGCUGCUACCUGCAAUGCCAUUGCGUUCAUUCCCACAGAACUGGAUCAGGUUCGGAAGUGGAUAACAGACUGGAACUUGAACACUGAGAAAAAGCACACGCUCCUUAGAAUGGUCUACGAGGCCUUGGUGGACUGCAAAAAAAGUGAAGCUGCAGCUAAAGUGAUGGUGGAGCUCCUGGGUAGUUACACUGAGGACAAUGCUUCCCAGGCGCGCGUCGAUGCCCACAGGUGCAUUGUCCGAGCUUUGAAAGACCCCAAUACUUUCCUGUUCGAUCACCUUCUGGUCCUGAAACCAGUGCGGUUCUUAGAAGGGGAGUUGAUCCAUGAUCUCUUGACCAUCUUUGUGAGUGCAAAGCUUGCAGCAUAUGUGAAGUUCUACCAAAACAACAAGGAUUUCAUUGAUUCCCUUGGUCUCUCACAUGAUCAGAACAUGGCCAAAAUGAGGCUGCUUACAUUUAUGGGAAUGGCUGUCGAAUUCAAGGAGAUAUCGUUUGACACGAUGCAGCAAGAGCUGCAGAUUGGUGCAGAUGAUGUGGAGGCAUUUGUCAUUGAUGCUGUGCGCAUUAAGAUGGUGUAUUGCAAAAUUGACCAGACACAGCGCAAAGUUGUGGUGAGCCACAGCACACACCGCACCUUUGGGAAGCAGCAGUGGCAACAGCUCUAUGACACCCUGAGCUCCUGGAAACAGAACUUGGCCACUGUCAAGACCAGCCUGCAGGCCCUCUCCACCACCACAUAGAGCUCCUUCAUGUAUCUUGCAUUUUUAUAUUUACUCAAUAAAAGUGGCUUCGAGAACAA